CCAGGUGGCAAGGUCUUGAAAUACACCCGUGUGUUUUUUCGUAGCUCAAUAGUACUAUUUGUUUAUUUUUUUCGGUUCUAGCAUAAAUAAAUGCAGCACACAUGCAAAUAAAUGCAAAUAAUAUUAGUGUAAAUUGUGUUCAAUAAGGCAAAAAGGCAAUUGCAAAUGUUAGCUAGUAAGAUGGAUAUAAGAUGCAAUCAGCAGCAGCAUUUGCAGCAACUACAACAAGAAAUACAACAACAACAAAAAGGCUGACUGACUGACUGACUACACCCAAAAAAAAAGAAGAAAAAAGCAAGGAGGAAACAAUUGCAGGCGAGGCGAGGAAAAAACGACAGAAAAAAUGAAGUAAAAGCGACAGCAGCAGCAACGGAGCGGCACUUCAGUGGCAGUUGUAUUUGGAGUACAUAUUGAGCAACUUACACACACACAUACGCACACAUAUUCAAACGUAUACAAACAAAUGCAACACACAAAGAGACAUUUGCAUGCAUGUGUGUGGGUGUAGCAGCACCAGCAGCAGCCCAGCUCCAGCGGAUAAAGUUCGUGUUCGGCAGUCGUCGUCGUUUGUCGUCGGUCGUUCGUUCGUUCGAUUGCUCGCUCGCUCGUUUGUUCGCACGCUCGUUGAAUCGUGUUGUUGGAGUAACAGCAUUCGCCUACGCAGCAGCAGCGACAGCAGCAGCGCCAGGCAAAGGAAGCGGUUUAAGAAUGCAUGGGCAUGCAUAAAGUACGAAACACGAAAUACAAGAGAAAUGCAAAUUUAACAGAAAUUGAAAUAAGUGCAACGGGUUUUCAAUUCAAUUCCACAUUGCAUUGAAAUUCAAAACGCAGUCGCAAAUUGAUGCCAAACGUUUCUACAUCGCAACUGAUCUAAAGCUCCAAAGAGACAGAGCAAAGAGAGUGUGUGUUUAAAGAAAGAGGCCCUAAGGAGAGAGUGAGAAUCAGAUCACGUCCAUUUUGGCCUCUCAGCUGCAGUUCCUUUGUUGUUGGAUUUGUUGUUACAUAUAUUCCCCCAUUGCUCCUUCUCCUUCUUCCUUAUUGUUUUGGACGUCGACGUCGUAAUAUGGAUUGUGGUGCUCUUGCCGCGCAGCAGCAGCAACAACAACUAUUACAAAAACAACAGUUACAACAACAUCUACAGUUACAACAACAACAUCUGCAGCACUCCCGACAACAACAACCAAAUACGCUCAAUUGCCUUGAGGAAAUAGCAACAACAAAUAUUAGCCAGCUAACCAGCCAGGGGAUCAUCGUUGGCGGCAUUGCCAGCGAAGGAUCGGAGGCAGCAGGAGGAGCAGGUGGAGCCAGUGGAGCAGGUGGAAGUCCACAGCACAAAUUGCUGGGCAUUGGGGAUAGUUUAAGCGGCGCUGGCGCCGUCAAACUGCGAAAGCAUCAGCAAAGCGAAAGGCAGACGUUGUCGUCGUCGUCGUCGUCGUCAUCCUCAACGGACGCCAAAACGCACGCCUCCUAUCGCAUCUCCAUGGCCAAUCUGGAGGAUACACAAGAGUCCGAACUCGAUUUGAUACUCGGCGAGCUGAGCUUGCUUGAGCAACAGAUAACAUAUGUGGAGGCGAGUUUCUUGCCCGGCGGAGCAGCAACAGCAACGGUUGGUGGUGGUGGUGUAGGUGUUGGUGUGGCAACAACAGCAGCAACAACAACAACGACACCAACACCACCACCACCACCAGCAUUGGCAUCCAUAUCGGCGGCCUCAUCACGCACACACUCACGCACAAAUAGCAGCAUCUCUGGUGAUGUGAGCACUGCAUCCUCAUCCUCGGGCAUCUCGGAGAAUGGCAAUGGUCUUGGCAUGUCUAUGAGUCAUGGUGGCAUGGGUAUUGGUGGUGCUACAACUACUUCGACUACUCUGGUUGGUGGUGGCCACAUGACCAUGGGCAUUACGCUGGGCGUGGUGACGCCUCGGGAACCGCGCACUGAAUCUCCCGAUAAUGAUUCGGCAUUUAGUGAUACCGUCUCUCUGCUGUCCAGCGAAUCUUCAGCCUCGUCCAACACCUCAACACAGCAGCAACAGCAACAACAACUGCAACAGAAAUUGCAACUGCAACAACAGUUGCAACUGCAUCAUAAUCAUCAUCAUCAUCACAACCAUAACCAUAACCAUAAUCAUCAUCAGAAUCAUAAUCAUCAGCCGAUGUUGCAUGCCACAUCCAAUGUGGGUGGUGGUGGUGGUGGCAUCUCCAAGGCAGCCAAAAUUCAGCUGGCAUUGCACAAACUGGAAAGUGCCUCAAUCCGUCGACUAUUUGUCAAGGCCUUCACCGCAGACGGCGCCUCCAAGUCACUGUUGGUGGAUGAACGCAUGGGCUGUGGCCACGUGACACGCCUCCUGGCCGACAAGAAUCAUGUCCAGAUGCAACCAACGUGGGCGCUCAUCGAGCACUUGGCAGAUCUGCAAAUGGAACGCCUCUUUGAGGAUCAUGAGCUGCUGGUGGACAAUCUGAUGACGUGGAAUUCGGAUGCAGGCAAUCGUGUGCUGUUCCAACAACGUCCCGAUAAAGUGGCGCUCUUUGCCAAACCGGAAUUGUAUUUGCCGGGACCGCAGAUGGCGCCAGGUUGUCAGCAUGACGAUCAGACGCGUCACAUGCUCCUCGAGGAGUUCUUUGAGACGCAUGCGCAGCUGCAGCUCGAUGGUCCGCUCUAUAUGAAGGCAGAUCCCAAAAAGGGCUGGAAGCGACAUCAUUUCGUGUUGCGCUCAUCGGGUCUCUAUUAUUUUCCCAAGGAAAAGACGAAGAACACGAGGGAUUUGGUGUGUCUAACACUUUUUAGUGGACACAAUGUCUAUACGGGCAUUGGAUGGCGUAAGAAAUGGAAAUCACCAACGGAUCACACGUUCGGCUUUAAAUCCGCGGUGGAUUCAUCACUGGGCAAAUCCUGUAGAUCCCUGAAGAUGCUCUGUGCCGAGGAUGGGGCAACUUUGGAUCGCUGGUUGACUGCCAUACGCAUCUGUAAAUAUGGCAAACAAUUGUGGCACAAUCACAAGCUGCUCAUGGAGGAGCUCUGCGGGGGAUCGGGUUCAGGUUCAGGUUCAGGAUUGGGAUCUGGUUUGGGUACGGGAUCGGCAAGUCUGGGCGGCAGCUUUGUCGCCUCAAUGCGCAGCGAGUCCAUAAGCAGCAUCUCAUCGGCGGUGCCAUCACAAUGUGGCAGCGUCUCAUCGGCCAUCAGCAGCAUGUCCAACUCAAGUGGACGCAUCUCGCGUGCCUCCAGCUCCAGUUCCAGUGGCUGUCUGUCCGAUGAGAACAAUGCCUUCGAUUCGGAGUUCACCACCGGCACGAUUAAGCGUAAACCAUCGAUGAAACCCAAUCUACCACUGACCACCAUGACACGCCAGCUCAAGGAGGUGGGUGAGAUCACAACUGGUCCAGUGGCAGCUGCGACGGUAUCUGCAGUGGGCGGGGAUUCCUCGGCCGCGUCGCCGGAACGCAGUGGCACCUUGACGCGUCGUCACAGUCGCCGCAAAUCGCAGGAGAGCAACGGCAGCAGCGGUGGCACCCUCAAGCGUCGUCCUGUUCCCGUUCCUGUCAAGCGUGAGGUGAUUGUUGCCUCCAACGCCAGCGUCUCCGUCGCCUCCAGCUCUUUGGUGGUGGCCAACGAUGGCGGCUCCUCCUCGUCCAGCAACUCGACACCGACGCCCACGCCCAGCAUUUGUGCCAAGCCGCCACCGGGUCUACCGGGUCUCCCUGGACUCCCGGGACUGCCAGGACUUACAGAUGCCAGCGAGCUCAUGUGCUCCUCCACAUUGUCGCUGGACUCGUUGCCACCGCCGCCGCCGCCGCCCGCUCUUCAUGCCGACGAACAGGAUGUCUACGGAUCACAAUUAUCGCUGGCCUCGCUGCCGCCACCGCCGCCGCCCGAGGAGGUAAUGAUGAGCUAUGCGGAGCCCACAACUCCAUUGACACCCACGCCCAUGUCCAUGAACCUGGGCAUGAGUCUGGGCAUGCCCAUGUCCAACAGCAAUGGCACAUUGCCGCCCGCAGUGCCCGCCAAGCCCAUCAAGCCGGCGGUGAAGCAGACACUUAAGGCAGCGCCACCCUACAAGGCGCCACCAGAUUAUGUGGGUCCUGCAGCGGGCGGAGGGGUAACAGUGGCGCCACAACAGCUGGCAGCGACGCCAGCGCCGGCGCCGGUGCAGAAGAAGGUGUCAUUUGCGGAUUCGCCCGUGUUGCUGCGUCGCAAAAUGUGCUCACCGGAGCCACAGUUGCCGCAACGCUCGCCAAGCACAACACUCAGCUCCAACUCCAACACCAACUCCAAUUUGAGUUGCAACUAUCAAUCGCAACCGAUUUACUCACCAGGUCCAUUGUUGCCGCCACGCAGCGAUUUGUCGCGUCUGUCCGGCUGCAGUCAGAAUGGCAGCGAUAUGAUCACCUCACCGAAACGUCUCCAGGAAUCGGCAUCGAAUCCGCCACGCGAUUUCCUCAAGGAUCUGCAGCGUGUGAUGCGUAAAAAGUGGCAGGUGGCACAGAAAUGCAAACUGGAGCCGGCAACAACGCCGCACGAGGUGCUCGGCUUUCGGGAUUUCAAUAAUGAUGAUCUACUGGCCGCGCACAAUCUGAACUCGGGUGCGAAUUCAUCGCAUUAUUAUCGCGAGACGGCCAAUGUCAGUCAUUGGGUGCAGGAGCAUUGCGAGUAUGCGCACAAUGAAUACGCGCUCUACGAGAAUGUGCAUGCCCAGAGCAAUGGAGGAGCAGGAGCAGCAGCAGCAGCUGUUCCAAUUAAUCCGACAGCAGCAGCAGCAACAACAACUACAACUGAUGGUGGUCCGCCGCCAGUGCCACCACCAGCUGCUGUGGCAGAUGCCACCGCUGCGCUGCGCAAGAAGCGUCCACCACCGCCGCCGCCCAAACGCAGCGAUUCAACGCAUCUGACGCAUCGCGUCUAAAGUCCAAGACUUAUCACUAAUACCAGCAAACACACGCUCUUUCCUUUUCUGCAUCUCCUUACUUCGAUGGACGAUGUCUCAACAAAACAAAGCGAAUAUCGUAGAAGAACAAAUGUAUAUGUUGGAAAUGGAAGGAAAAAUCACAUCCGCAUUCACAAUUUCUACAUGUCUAAACUUAAGUGCAAAAAACCACAACAAAUUCCUAUCUAAGAGCAAAAAAACAAAUCCAAAAUUGUAGAUUAUAAGGCAUCGGCGUGACCACGCCCACUUCUCAAGUAUUAUAUCAGUUCAGUUAUUUUUUUUCAUCUCCUAACUCUAUUUAAAAUGUAAGCUGCAAAUGUGUAUUUUUUUUUUUAUAAUUUUUGUACAAUUAAACUACUAGUUGCGAGUAUACAUACACCACUGUGCAGAUAAAUAGAAACUUUUAAGCAAAACAACUAAAUUCAAUAACCUAGCACUUGCUACGAUAUGAUUAGAAUCAAACAAUUUUAACCUAAAGUUUAUUACAACCGCUUAAAAUUAAUUUAAAAAUUUAUUGAAUAUAAGAAUAAGAAAUAUUCGAUUUGAUUGCAAAGAUCGAAUGGGUUGAUUAUGUUAGAAAAAUGUUUAUUAGUUAUUAGUAUUAUGUAUAUGAUCAACUCUUUGGACAGACAAGAAACGCAUAUUUCAUUAGUUCUCGAAUAUUAACAAUUCUAAAACAAUAUUGAGAUUUUUUUCAAUUGAUUUGACAGUCUUUCUAUUUGCAUAUUAGUAAUUUUUAAAUUAAUUCUCAUAAAAUCAUAGUAAACAGCUGGUAUAAAGCUAAAGUCAUUGUUUUAUAUCAAUCUGAUUAAAGUAUCAAAUAAAUUGAUAAAAAGAUGUAAAGCGUGCCUAUUGAAAUGCACAGCAGUGUAUGCCCUAUAUUUGCAUAAAUAUAGCUAUGUAUAUUUCCUUUAUUUUGUUAUUAUUUUUUAUUUUAAUGUUACAAUUUGCAAUUCAACAUUUGCAGCACAAAAAUCGAAUAAUUCGAGAAUUUUCAAUUGAUUUCAAUUUCGAAAAUUAAUCAAAAAUUUAUAAUAACUAAGCUAAAUUGUAGAUUAUAAGAACGAGCCACAAUGUUUUGUUUUUGUAUUAUAUAAAUAUAUGCCUAUAUAUAUAAAUACAACCACUAUUUUUUUAAACUAGUAAUUGUUUUAAUUUGCAAAUUAUAAAUUUUUUUUGUUUUUUUUUUUUCUUUAAAUCGUAGUAAAAACUUUUUUUUAAUGUGGCGCAUUAAAUGCGCCAGCAAAAGAAGCAAAGAAAUGAGGAAAAAACUACGUUGCAAGCAAGCCUUAUACAACUAUUAAUCAAUUAAUGCAUCUUACAUAAUAAUAAAAUACAAAUAACUAAAAUUAAGUCAAUAAACAACUAUGUAAGCUAAGUGCAUAUAUACAUACAUAUUUAUAUAUAAGUCAUAAAUACAUAGAGAAUGUCAUUAUUAAAAUUGCUUUCGCUUUGAAUUAUACGCUGCCUUUAUGUUUUGGAAUUGUAAUUGUAAUUGUACUUACUGCAAAUCAAUACAGAGACAGCAGAUGAUAACUAUAUAGAAUACCUAUAGUUGUGCAUAUAAAUAUAUAUUUAUAUAUAUACAUACAUAGUUAGAUAUCUAAGUACUUUUUGCAAUGCAUCUAUAGCAAUUCAUAUGCGCUAAAUGGAAUUUUUGUUGUCUUUCAAUAUUUGUUGUUUAUAUUUUGCAUAGCGCUUAGCCGGCGUUCCUAAUGGUUCUAUCUGAAUGUCCAGCAAUCAGAAUAGAUCAGACAGAAUACGAAACAGAGCCAAAAUCAAUUGCUAUCAUUACAACUUUAAAUCGUAACGCAUUAUUGUAAUUGUAACUCAUUUGCCAUGUUUAUUUUUUCACAUAUUGUUGUAUAAUUUUAAAAUCCCCCCUCAUACAAUAUCAGAUCAAUACAUAACAGACCAUACAUUGAGCGCCAUAAAUCGAUGAAGAUAACAGCUAUACAGAUUUAAAGAAUAUACUUUUAUAUAUAAAGAAAUAUGUAAUUAUGUUAUGUUUAAGACAAUUCUUAAAUUGAAUCAAAAAUGAAAGUACAGUCGAAUCGAAUAUACAUAUAAUAUCUUUGUUCUUAUUCUUAUUUAUUUUUUGUAGUAUUUGUUGGCUAACUAAUCGAUAAUUGCUUGAAAUUGAUUCGAUAACGAUGCCUAGUAAUCGCUUUGGGAGUGCUGUCUGCUAAUUGAUUGAAAAUCUUAAAAUAUCAAAAACUAUUUAUACAAAAGUAAAUACAGUAGGAAACAAGGAAAUGUUUGGAAUAUUAGAGUGGCUCAGAACUAUACAGAAGCUAUAAAAAAUUAAUUCUGAGAUCCAUUGGG